AUGCACAUCCGUUGGGCUCAUCGCUACCUACCAGCCGUCUCUGGAUGCUUAUCUUUUGUCGUGAAUCCAGUAUUGGCAUAUCUGAUUUUAACGGAAAAGAAAUCGGCGACGAUCGGACGAUAUCGGUUUUUGAUAUUAUUCUUUGCAAUUUUUGACAUGUUAUAUUCAACGGUUGAACUUUUGGUUCCACUGGGUAUGCAUGGAACUGGCUCCGCAUUUGUAACUUAUCUAGCUCAUGGACCGUUUUUUGGUAAAGACAGAAUCCGGCUUUCCCAGUUUGCCAUUUCCAUCCGAUCUGGAUUCAUUUCGAUGUCUUACGGAAUCUUGAUAAUUCACUUUAUCUAUAGAUACAUUGCACUAUUCUACCCGAAAUUUCUUGAACGAGUGUUCCGUCCUUUUGGAAUAUUUUGCAUAAUUACUUUCUUCUUAAUUCAUGGAAUUGUUUGGGCUGGAAUAUGUGAACUGUUUCUGUACGCAGAUGAUGAAAUGAGAGAUUACAUUCGGGAAACUUUUAAAAAAGAUUACGAUGUGGAUUCAUAUGACAUUGCUUUUGUAGCAGCUCUGUACAUGGACGGUAGUGCUGAAGUCAAUAAACGAGGGUGGACAGGAAUUCUAUCACUUUCUGGGAUCUCAGUUUAUGCUGUAUCGUUGUAUGUGAUUUUGGGAAGAAAGAUCGUUUGGAAGCUUCGAACUCAAAAUGCUCUAUCCCAAAUUACUCGAAACAUGCACAAGCAACUGUUCACUGUGUUGCCUGUCCAGACUGUAAUUCCCGUUUGUAUCAGCUUUUCUCCGUGUAUGAUGGCUUGGUAUGGACCAAUAUUUUAUUUAGAUCUAGGCAUGUGGAAUAACUAUUUCGGGGUUAUUGCAUUUUCAGCAUUCCCGUUUUUGGAUCCAUUGGCUAUAAUUUUUCUGCUUCCCAACUAUCGAAACAGGCUCACAAGAAAACAUGUCAUCGAGCCUUUUGUGAAUACUAUAUUCAACAGGACGACUACUGUCAAUUGA